GAAACAGAGAACAAGCCCGUCUGCAAACGAAACAAGGAAAUUCUUGCAAGUCCAAAAUGCACAACAAAGUCGUUGAGACACCUUACCCCCUCAUCGAUGCUGACCCCCACGCCUCCCGUGUAGUCAGGUAUUUCCGCUCUUCAGACUAUGCAACAUGGGCUGCAGGAACAGCAGCUUUCCCUGCUGCUCUCUACUUCUGGGACAUGGCUGACCCCUCGAAGGCUCGUAUUCGCACCAGCUUGCGUCUAGGAGGCUUCCUCGGCUUCUUUGGCGGCUUCCUCUUGGCUUACCAGCGGUCAAGCUUCCGCUUCUGGGGUUGGUCGGAAAACAAAAGAGAAGAAGACAUGGACCUGGCAGAACUGAGACAGCGUGCCAGCGAAGGCAAACCUUUGUACGGCGAAUCGAGCCAACCAGACUGGGUACAAGGAGUUGCGUACAGAAACUCCGCAUGGUCACAGCUUAAAUUCCAUGUUUUUCCUAUGUUCAACUUUGUGAAUCAUCCUCAUCAUGGAACUGACCCCGCAAAGUAUGGAGUCAAACCGCAGGAAAAGGAAAUCGAGUAGAACCUGCAAUAAAAUGAUGUAGUCCCUUUUAUUUCAACUACCUUUCUCUGCGCAUAAUCACCAGCAAAAUGCUGCAGCUGCAGCAAUU